AUCUCAACGGCAUUAGCUCACUCAUAUUAGGCUAGCAGCCUAGGCUAAGCUAAAUAUGUGUCCUGAAUGAAGACAUGUAUUUGUUUAUCUUAAAAACAUGGAACAUGGGUAUAGGUGAGAAACGCUGGGUAGCCUAUUGCAAGCGAAAGCCAGAUACUGCAGGCUAGACUCCUGGCAUGAAUUCUGAAAUAGUGUCAAGCAGGUUAGCUAAUACACACGGCAUAUGUAGGCGGUCUGUAUCUGGUCGGCAUAGAUUAGGCCAAACGAAACAUAACUUUGUCUAGAUGCGUUUUUAGAAUUAUGAACAAUAUGUCGUAUGAUGAAAAUAGCUUCGACCAGGAGAAGCGACAAUCGGCGGCCCGAAGAAUCCAGGCAUGCUGGCGUUCACACCAGGACAGGUGGCUUUUCAAUCUGCUGUUAAGCACUGUUCGCGCAACUGAGCAUACUAUUGCACCUGCUGUUCUCUGCCAGCUUAGCCCAAGAGAGGCCCUGCUGCUGAGAGACCCAAGCAUGCAUUAUAAAGUCAGAUUGAGGUUUGCAGGCUCCCAGUUUCCUCCUGUAGUGGUCUUCAAGAUCAUUGAUCUGAAAGGAGGGAAGUACCUUUCUGGCAAGAAGCUCUUCUGCCCCUCAAAUCAGGCCACAGCAGAUACAUGUAGGAUUAUGGGAAACAGAAAGUUCCUUGAUAUGAUCACUACUGAUGAGAUCCAGAGCCAUAUAGGGAAGAUUGUGGACAUGACUGAUGUUCAUAGUAAGAGAGACUAUAUGCAGUUCAACAGCCACCUGGAUGAGCUGCCAGCACACCUGGGUGGGAGAGACAAUGGCUGGAGAACUGUUGCCCUUAAACAACUGUGGCGGGAUAUCCUGCGAAAUGAAGGGAAUGAAAAUGGCUUUAUGGCAAACAGACUAAGAAAGCAUCUCCUGUCAGGAGCCCCAGGGGGCAGGCCUGUCCAGAGAAGAGAUACCCCUCGACUCCUCAGGCAUGCUGCAAUGGGAUAUUCCCCCCUCCCCUCCUCCCGCCGGUCCUCCAAGGCCUGCAGAAUGGCCACCCAGAGGAAACAGCUUUAUUCCUUGAACAAGGAGGAAGAGAAACAGGAGAGAAAACUAGAGGAAAUCAAUGAGGAAGGAAAAGGGGAGGCGGAAAAGGAUACAGGACGACACCCAAGCCUCGAGGCCCCGCAAACAGAGCUCUUAGUUAUGCCUGAGGACGACUACACAGAUUCUGAGUGGGAGGAAGAGGCGGAGAGACUGUACUCCUGGACAAAAAGGCUCUCUCUGAGUGAUAUGGAUGCAUCACCUCCCGAUCAUGCAGAUCAAUUGUCAAUGCAGACUCGAACAGAUACAGAGUAGUAGGAAGCAGUAUAAGAUGCUGGCAUGAUGCUUGUACUUAAAGAGGUUUUUCUGUCCUUGCGCAAAUAACAUCCAAGCUCCUUCAAAAAAUAUCCAGCUGAAUAGAUGAUGCAUACAAAUACAAGAUUGCUUACUUAGAUGUUAAACUGAAUGCUCACAUACACAUAACAGUUGGUUUAGCAGACUAUAUUUUUCAAUAUGGUGAUAUAAAGUAGUCUAAGAGUGGAUAAUUUCUUGCAAUAAAUAUAAGCUGUCAAACAUUUUAUUUCUUCAUUACUCAUCAUCAUUUUAUUGAUUUAUUAAAUAAACCCAAUAUGACCACGAUUUCCCCCCAAACAUGGACAAUAGGGUUGUCAAUAAUGCACAUCUGGUCUAGAAAUUGCAGCCUACCACAUUAAAUGGUUUUAUUUAAUUACCAGGAAUGGUGAGGUUAAUGGCACUGAUAGCUAAUUUACCAUCACCCAGACUAAAGUCUCUUUAGUCCACUACAAGAACAUUGAGGUCUGAAAAAAACCAUUAUGAUCAUUCUGUACAACUGUACCAUCUUACAUGUACCAAAUGUUUCUUGAUGGGUUUAGCGCAGUAAUAUUUUUUUCUUUCUGCAGUUCAUCUUUAAUGCCCAUUGUAUAAUCCAGCAUCCAGUAUCAAUCUUUUAUAAAAUUUGAAAAGGUUCCAAAUAAUAUUUAUAUUAAAAUCGAAGUGUUUUACCACUUGA